AGAGUUACACCUGGCAGUUUUGCGAGAGGAGAUAUCAAACUAUUGUUUUACACUCACGCUUGCGCAAGCUGCUAAUUUGGCGUUACCCACCCCUAUCACAGACUGGGAUAGGCUUGGAAUUACCUCAGUUUCAAGAAAUCCGGCAUUCGUUCUGUCUCAUCAAGGAAAACUCUUCGUUUGAUAGCUGUUUAUUGUGUUUUUCAACAGGAGUAUUCAAGAGGUGCUUUGCGGAAGGCCGAUACUCGUCCCAGAUUGUAAUGUGUGCGACAGUUUAGAGCGGCUGCCUUACUCGCAGCCUAUAUCUUUAAUUACGUAGGUUUGGAAGGGUCUCUCUCACCCCUUCAUAUCUUUUUCGUUUCUUGUUUUGUGUAGAUAAUUUGCGAACAUGGAGUACAAAAACGUGGAUUUACGGUUAAGGACUGGUAUCCUACUGGUGUUACUUCUGGUUUACCUGUCGACCUGUGUCCUGGCGUGGAACUUUGACAACCUUCCCAACGAAAAAGUCCACAUCAGCGUGUCUGACAGCAGUGUCCAACACUUGGCGGGAGACGAACGCGACAAUGAUCACUUCAAACUUCUGCUCACCGAAGGAACGUCCAUGCUGGUUGGAGCCAAAAAUGCCAUCUAUAAUAUCAGUCUUAUGGAUCUGGAAGUAUUAUCGAAAAUAGACUGGUUCCCAGAAAGAAAUACCGUCAACACUUGCAAAAGAAAACAGAAAACUGAGGAACAGUGUCAGAACUUUAUCCGAGUGUUAGUGCGGAAGAACGCGAGAACGUUGUACGCGUGUGGAACAAACGCAUUCAGGCCGCGAUGUCGCAAUUACAAGAUGCAGGAAAAUGGAGACUAUGGGGAGCCAAGAGAUGAAGAUGGAGUUGGACAGUGUCCGUUUGAUCCCGAACACAACAGUACCGCCAUCUAUGCCAACAACAACCUGUAUGCUGCCACAGUUACAGACUUCUCUGCUCGGGAUCCACUUAUUUACGAGAGUAACCACCAGCUAAGGACUCAACAGUUUGAUUCAAAGUGGCUGAAUGAACCAAAUUUUGUCAGUUCCUUUGAGAAAGGUGACAGAAUCUAUUUCUUCUUCCGAGAAACGGCUGUGGAAAAUAUCAACUGUGGAAAGGCUGUGUUUUCUCGCGUGGCACGUGUCUGUAAAAGUGACCGGGGUGGAGCGUUCGACCACUACAACUCCUGGACAUCUUUCUUUAAAGCACGCCUCAACUGCUCGAUACCCGGGGAAUUUCCCUUCUACUUUGAUGAAUUACAAGCUACAUCAGACUUUGGACAAGGGAAGUUUAUGCCAACAUUCCGAAGCAACGACCGAUCUGACAUGGUGUAUGGCAUUUUCACUACACCACAGAACAGUAUCCGAGCCUCGGCCGUGUGUGCAUUCCGCUACUCCGACAUCACCAAGGUGUUCGAGUCACGGUUCAAAGGUCAGGAGACUGUCAAACACAACUGGCUGCCGGUGCCUAAAAAACUGACCCCCAAACCUCACCCACAGACAUGUACCAACAACAGCCAUGACAUGUCUGGAGAGACCUUGAACUUCGUGAAGGCGCACCCACUGAUGGAUGAAGCGGUGCCAACACAGGGUGGGGCUCCCCUCCUUAUACAGAGCAGUUUCAGCUCACAGUUCACACAGAUAGCCAUCGACUGGCAGGUUCAUGGAGUCAGUAACUACCAUGACGUCAUGUUUAUCGGAACAGAUGACGGUCGUGUGAUAAAAGCCGUCAACAAGGCUACGUCGGCCAAGCGAUCGAUUGACACAGUGAUUAUUGAGGACAUCCAGGUGUUUGAGGACCGGCAGCCGAUCGUCAACAUGAAGGUGUUCCGGCGCAACGGGAUGGAGAAGCUGGUCGUCAUGUCGAAGAAAGACAUUGUGUCGAUCCCGCUCCACCGCUGUCACGAGAAGAAGUCGUGUCGGGCGUGCGUCAGGCUGCAGGAUCCGUACUGCUCAUGGGCCGACGGGGAGUGUUCAAACACAGACAGAGGGGUACAAGACAUCGACUCUGGCACCGGGGACGCAGUGUGUGGAGACACCCUAGUUAUCGAGGAAAAACCCUUGACUGCGACCACAACCACGCCUCUCCCAGUACAAUCGGAAAAAUGUGUUUGUCCCACUGUGGCCCCUCCCGUAGAGGGCCCCCAGGAACUUCCGAACAAUGUUAAAAAUGAGCCUGCAGUUGGAGAACAGAAAACAUUAAUGGCGUCCGACUUCGGGUCAGCAGAAACGCUAGCGAUCGCUGUCGUUGUUUCAAUUGUUUUAUCGAUCAUUGUGGGAUUUCUCAUCGGCUACAAAGUGAGCCAGUGCCGGGCGUCUCGAGACAUAGACUCGCCGUUUCACGAGCGCAACAUCUCGUUGAGUAAGCGCUCAAACCGUAUGUCGUCGGGCGACCACACCUACUUCGUGACUGACCAUGCCCCGAAGACUGUCAAUUACUUUGUGAACAUGAAAUCGCCGGGCAAGUUGAACAGUGAAAUGGAAACGAAACACGUGACUAAAUCGAACAAGGUUUACUUAUAGCCGACCGAAGCUCAACUGUUGUGUAAAAUGUUUUUGUUUAGUUUUCUCAUUGGUGCUGCUGUAACCAGAUGGGUUGACCAAAUUAGGUUGGUCGCCGUGGCAACAAGACCCGUAUUUGGGAGAAGUGACAAAAAACAACAAAACAAAAUGCCACCUAGGUUAUUGAUUGUGCUUCCACCAGACUCGACCUUCUCACGGUCAGAUUGAUGAAGGUCGUAUUGAUGACGGUCAACUUGAGGUGCACAGCUGAUAUAUAUAUAUAUAUAUAUAAUAUAUCAUAUCCAUUGCACAACGGCCAUAAGUGAUCCUUUUUUAAAAGAUUGUGUGAAAAUACCCACACAGGUGGGCUGUUUCCUUGUUAUCGUGUAUGAGAUCUUCAACACCUUGCCGUUUUUUCCAAGGCAAAUGGCUGACGUUAUAUUGGAGUAACAUGCACAAAAAACAUUGAUGGCAUGGGUGCUAAUGGCUGACAAGACAGACCAACAGAAAGAACAUUCCAGAAGACCAUUUCUGUUACUUUUUUUCAGUACUCUUGUACACUGGUACUGUAAUAUUGUAGUACUGUUGUAGAAAAUGUAGUACUGUUGUACAUGGGAAUAACCUUCACUAUCAAGUGAAUUUGUAUAUAAUAACAACAUCAUUUGAUAAACUUGGGCUUUCAUAAACUGUGUAAAUCUUGAAUUGAUUUUUAAAAGAAACCCCCACUUACAUUGUUGCUAUGCAACAAGCCAUCUUCCAAAGACUUCCAAAUGGCAUGCGAUCAUGAGAGACAUUGAACAAAGUUGUCAAAAGAUGGAAAAGUGAAAAUUGGACAAAGUUGUCGAAAGAAUGGGCAUCAGCAAAGCUGUCGAAAGAGGGAAAAGUGAAAAUUGGACAAAGUUGUUGAAAAAAUGGACAUAUAGCAAAGCAAUUGAACAGACUGUACAAAGUUGUUGAAAGAAUGGACAUUUGGCAAAGCAAUUGAACAGACUGUACAAAGUUGUUGAAAGAAUGGACAUUUGGCAAAGCUGUCGAAAGGUGAGACAUUGAUAACAAUGUAGUUAAUGAUGAAAAAGUGAACAUUGGAUAAGAAAGAAAAAAAACCCACCUUUGAAAGUGUGGAUAUUAAGCAAUACUUGUGCAAGGUUGGAUCUUGAGAGAGAAGAACACUGAUAAAUGACUGGUUGUUUGAACACAAAAGUGAUGGAUUUAAUUUGAAAUAUUUCCGACAUUGAUACAUUCUGAGGGAAUUCAUUCCUAAACUGUUACUUGAAUGGAUUCUGUGUUGCCAUAGAUACUGGAACAUUUUCACUCCACAAGAACAAAAUUUAUAGCAAAUGUGUUCAGAGAAUAACCAAGAGUUAGAACUAUAAUCCAAUGACCAAGUGUAAUGAAAACCCCCAUUUUGUUUCAAUUUCUUCAAUGUUCUUCAAUGUGAAAACAACACUGACAAUGUCUCUGUCCGUUGAGGAGACACACUGUCCAUACUCACCUUGAGAAGAUUUGAUCUCCGACAGAUACUCAUGACAGCAUUAUAAUGCCAAGUCUUCAUCAUCUCAUCACAGAAAACCUGCCAAAACAUUCCUCUUCCAAAAAAAAAACCCAACAUGAAAUAUCCAUUGUUUGUCAUCAAAAACUUCCUAAUUUCCCCCUCCACCAAAAUAUCAUAUCACUGACAUGACAUAAGUUGUAAUGAAUUACAUGACAGGUUGUUCAUGAGUUUGGUGUAAUGUGAUGUGUGUUUUUGUAUGUGAUUACUUAAUGACUGGCAGAUUGUUCGUAAGUUCAUUACAUUUCACAGGUGGUCCUAACAUUAGGGCAUAGACGAUGGACAUAGGGCAUAGAUUGAAGACCCUUGGCCAAACAUGAGGCCAUCAGCCAAAUGUAGUAUACAGAAAACUGACAGAAUAUGGUGACAAAAGAAACGUGAAUUCAUACAAGACUCAUGGGAAGCUUGGAUCCCAUCGCCAAAUUACGUACUUGGGAAAAUAACCAACUGAGGUCAGGUCAUAGGGCUUAAUGUGCACACUCAGAGCAAGCUGUUGUAGCGUACGCCUGUCAUUGGUGCAGGUGUCGGUCCAUGCUGGCUCCUCUGUCCAGGACAGGAAUGACCAACUCGGUCCACAUUGCCCUAAGAAGACGUCCAGCAGUUUGGUGUUUUUUAGGUUAUGUGUGUAUGUGUGAACCCACCAAACUUUCAGUAUGAUGAUCUGUGUAAUUUUAUCAAUCUAUGAGGUCAAGAAAAGUACUGAAUAAAUGUUGUCAUGAAUCAUAAACAAUUUCAACUUGCUGUUCACAUUGUUGCUUUGGUUGUGUGCUGUAUUGACAGAUACAAAAUUAAAAACAAUUUGGUAUGGUUCAGCUUUGAAAGCCAUAAAUUGGUCACAAUAUAGGUCACAAUAUUUGAUGCUUGAUAGUGAAAGAAAAUACAGACAAAUAUAUACUGCAUUUAACUGAAAAAUGAUAUUGUGUGUCUAAAAAAUCAUGACCGUGUAGAAUUUAAAAUACAAUAUUUAAUGGUAUACAACUUUGACUACAUGUAAUUUACACAAAAAAUAACAGGAUUUUAAUUGAUGAUUUAUUUGGUCGCUUUUGGUAAACAGAAUGAUAAUGAUUGAAUUUUUUUUUAUAUCUUUAAAAACAAAUUUGCUAAUUGUCCUUCACCCUUCUAUGUUAAAGUUACUCAACCAUACUACUUUGAAUAACAGAGUAUAACUUUGAAUAACAGAUGUAUAACUUUGUAUAACUUUGAAUAACAGAUGUAGUAACUGAAUAACCAUGUAUUUUGUAAUUUUUAAUAACAGAUGCAAUAACUUUGAAUAACAAGUCUGGUGCUUAUAAAAGUUGUAUAGAGUCUGGACUCUGGACUAAUAGAGUCUGAGACAGUAAUGUCAUGACAACGCCAUACAAAUUGCAUGCGUGUGACGCCAUUAGAGAUUGAGUCUGGACUCUAAAAGCUUUUAUAAGCACAGCCCAGAUGUAGUAACUUUGAUUAGCAGAUGUGGUAUUAAGGUUAUCUCAGAUACUGUAGUAUAUUUUGUCUGUACAUUGUUUUAUUUUUUAGUAUCGCAGCAAAAAGACAAAAUUAAAAACAAAUAGCCUACCCACCUGGUUGUGUAUGUGUUGCUCAUGUUAUAUUGAAUCACAUACAAACAUGUGAUAAUCUUUUCCAAUAUGUUCUUGAAGAACUCUUGCCGUAAAUAAUGAAAUAAAAGUGUCAAAUAAAUUGCAGGAGCUGGUUAAGUGGAGUAUUAUUUCACUUGUAAACUUUGAUGAAAAAAGUAAUUUGGCGGGUGUGUGUGUGUGUGUGUGUGUGUGUGUGGAAUUAUGAAUAAUUUUCAAGAUUUUUAAAAAACAAAAAGCAAAACCCUAUUUGAUAUAUAGACUUCUUUUUCUUCAUAUUAUGCUCAGAAUGAAAUAAGCUUGUAUAUAGUUGUUAUGUAUUUUUGUUGUUUUGAGAUUCCCUACAGCAUAAGCAGCAUAUCAUGUAUCUAUAGUAUAAAUAUCAUUAGUGUGUGUGUGUGAGAGAGAGAGAGAGACAGAGAGCAAGACUGAGAGAGAGAUGAGGGAAGAGAGGGAGGGAGGGAGAGAGAUAAGGAGAGAGAGAGAUAGAGAUAGAGAGAUACGAGAGAGAGAGAGAAGAGAGAGAGAGAGAGAUGAGAGAGAGAGAGAGAGAGAGAGAGAUGAGAGAGAUGAGUGCUUGAGGACAGUGUUACAGGUAGGGUGUAUAAUUAUGUAACAGUGGCGUGGGUUGCCUGUACUACUACUGGCAUCACCAACAGACAAAGUACUGUGAUAUUAUGUUCAUUACUAUGCAUGGUUAACCUCGAAAAAUACAGUACAGGAUUCCAGAAAGAAAAGAUCUUCAAAAUACUGUGGUUCCAAACUGACAAAUAAACACCAAAACACUACUGAUGUACUUGGAAAAAAUACUUUGUUAACAUGUAUUCACAGGCCUUUGAAUAUUGCGAGAAUGACUGUUUCAUUUGUGUGUCACUUGCACAAAUCUAAUUUUUUAACAUUUAAAUUUAGGACAAAUUGUACAUGGACAUAACUGGUUAAUCAAAAAGGCAACGUGUUACCUAAAUUUAUUUUUAUUCUCGGAAGCCCGAUUCAAAAACAUCUUCCACAAACAUGAUUUUCUUAAAUAUAUUGUUUUUUAAACUCUUGGUUGUGUUUUCUCAAUUUCCUUAUUCCUUCCGCAAGUUUUUUGUGUGUUUUUUUUAAAGAUAUUUUUUCCAUAAAAACAUUUUUUUCCCCUUUGAAGACAGACAAUAAUGGCUGUAACAAAUCUGAACUAAUUUUUCUGUCUUGGCACAAACUGAAACGUGCCGAAUUGUUGGUUUUCCGACAGACAACCGCUCUGACCCAUUUGGUGAGCUCUUUUGACACUUAAGUACACAAAAAGUUCACCCGUCUGCACAGGGCUUCUUUUUUUUUUUCUUUUUUUUAAAGGCCUGUGUUUGCUGUCGCCAUGGAGAAAUACUUGAAUAGGCGAAGUUUCUUUUGUUGAAAUGGCCGACAAAAUAACAGAAUAGAGAAUGUUGAAUUGUGACUGAUGGUGUGUUUUCUCAUUAAAUUAAAUUAUUUUGCCACAGAAACAUUGUCAUGUUGACUGUGUGUCGGACAUUACAUCGCUUGCUGCUCAUUUAUUACUUCCUGUUCGGACUGUUCCAAACAAUCGCAAGGGGGUGAGGGUGGGAGACAAUUUCCGUACAUACCCAUGACUCAUAAAAUAAAAAUGUAAUUCGAAUCUUGAAGCAGGCAUGGGGAUAAAAUGAAGCAGAUCUACCAGGUAUAAAUCUGAACGACAAAACCGUAACACGUGAACAGGGCCGUAUCUCUGCACAAUACAGAGUCGAAUGGGCAUUUGGCAAAAUAGUGGUUGAUUCCAUGAAUCUCUAAAUGUUUCACCUCAUAAAAGCUGUAGUUUUUUAAUACUAAAACAAUUUCUAAAAUGCUAUAUUUAAGGCUAAAACGUAUUUAAAUGCAGUCAUGUAAUUGCUGGGUAGAUAAAAUAAUUGAUUUGUAUUCGCUCCAGACUGUGAAUUUAGCAGAAAUUGAUGAGAUGAAAUCCCCAAAUAUCUACAUUAUAUCCAAAAUUCAAUGCAUGUACUUAGUGUUCAGUUUUGAAUUGACCCACAAUAACCAUGGGAAAUCUUUGUGGAACAGGGAUGGUACAUAUCAAAGAUCCCUUGCUGCUAAUCGAAAAGAGUAGCCCAUGAAGUGGCGACAGGGGUUUUCAUUAUCUUAACCAUAUAACUGUAAUUACAAUGUGUUGAGUGUGUCGUUAAAUAAAACAUUUCCUUUUUUACUUUGUGGAAAAUCACUCUGGAAUCCUGUAUUGUAAUUUUUUUCAAAAUGUCAGAUGUGUGAGUAUGCUUGAUGAGUUAGACUGUCACAUAAUAUAGAUGUAUAUAGUUCCAUAGUAUGGAAAAACGAUCAUUGUCCAACAGAAAAGGCCCAUGCACAUGAAGAUGUGUGUUACUGUCCAAUAGAAGUGGUCCAUGUUUCUAUAGACAUGGGUCAUUGUCCAAUCAGCUUGCAUGUUUCAUCUGUAAAUAGAUUCAUCACAGCCUUCAUCAUCAUCCUGUUACUGUAAUAUAUGUAAAUUUGUCCAUACCAUAUAUAUUAUUUUUUUAUACUGUGCUGUGUAUGUUUACUCAUAGUAGAAAAACAGUGUAGGAAAGACAUGACAUGACUUACAUGAACAACGUUUAGGGGAUGUUUAGGGGAUGUACCGGUAUGAAAAAACUAUGUUUUCAGGUUUUGGAUUUUAAAAAAAAACAUUGCUUUUGCUUUUUUUUAUUUUUUUUUUUUUUGGCUGGGGAGGGGGAGCUUUGGGUUUUUUUUAAGGGUUUUUUUUUCCUUUAAAAAAAAAAAAAAAAAAAAAAUCAUGGCCAAAUCUUAAAUUGACAGUAAAAUUUUCAAAUCAACUGUAUUAAAAACAUGUGGCUACAAGAUGUGUGUGGCACAGCUUUUUGAAGAAAAAAAACCAACCCCAAAAACUGAUUAAAAUAUGACAAGGCCUGCAUUUGGUUGAAGGAACUCGAAUAUUUCUAAUGAUCAAUUCAGAUUUUGUAGAAUUUUUAAAAAUUAAUUUUGACCAUUCCAUUCAUUUUAUGGAAAGAAUUUUAGUUUAUUUGUUAUCAGCUGAAAUAGAAAUAGAAAUGGCAAACAGUGUUAGAAAGCUUUAAUUCAAAGUAGGCCAGUAACAUAGGAAAGGCAUCUUGUAUUCUCGGUCAGUAUAACCUUUAUUAUGGUCACUUUUUUCUUCCAUGGUAAAUGAUAUUUAAGAUCUUUAGGUAAUAAAAUCCUAGUGAGAGAUAUUUGAAUACCAAGGUAAUAUGAUAAAUGUGUCUCAGUUAAAUAUAUUAGUUACUGAUAUUGUUGAUGGAAAGGCAUGGUGGAGUAGGGUGGGUUUGGGGAGACUCCAGGCCCCCCCCCGAAAUAAUUCUGAAUCAAAUAUAUUAUUGGUAAUAAAUCUUAAGGCAGAGAUGAAUUGUACUAGAAGAAUGCAGGAAAUUGCAUUUCAGGACAUAUAGUUUUAAAAUUGUAUGGGGGAUCUUGCCCUCCGAAACCCCUAGAAACUUUACUUUGCCCCCUUGAUCUCAGUCAGCCUUCCCAAUAUCUACUUGUCUACUUGCUUCUGCCGUGCCUGCAUUGAAUUACAAAUUUACAAAGUAGCUAUUUGAUUUCUUUCUCCUUUUUUUUUUUUAAUUUUAAAGUAGCUAUAAUAAUAGAACAUUAUUUCUAGAAUGAUCCGAUAUAAAACAGGUACUACUCAACUAAUAUUUAUAUGGUAAAAUAUUCUCCCUUUUUAAACUACAAAACCUAGAAUGGCAGGUCUGUUAGGUGUAUUACCUGUAUGUAUUAUAUGUGUGUUUUACAUAUAUGUAUUACCUGUAUGUUCUACAUAUGUAUAUUACCUGUAUGUAUUACAUGUAUGUUCUACAUAUGUGUAUUACCUGUAUGAAUUAUAUGUAUGUAUUACGUCGUGUAUUACAUGUGUGUUUUGUGGCUGAAAGCCUUGGUCUGUAUAUAAUUAUAAGGCAGUUAUAUUUAAUUCUGUGUUCACUGCCCAUUAUUGUAUGCCAAAAUGUAAUAUGUAUGUACAAUUACACAUGUAUUUUAAACUAACAUACAGUAUGGCUUGGUCAUGCUGUAAGUAUGUAUGUAAACAUAGCAAAAAAUUUAUAAAAUAAAAUUAUAUGAAUAAA